AUGACUUUUCAUAUUGGGUGUGACGCCAUCUGGUGUCGGGCUUUCUCCCUGUCGUUGGAGGGAGAGGCCUUGAAUUGGUUCAACUCGUUGCUAGUUAACUCUGUUGAAAACUUUAAGAGCCUGGGCGAGAUGUUUAAGAAACAGUUUGCUGCAUGCAGUGCGGAGGACAUUACAGUGGUUGAUUUGAUGAACCUUAGGCAAGGCAAUUUGAAAACCUUUAUGGACAGGUAUCAGAAAACAAUACGGAGAGUUAAGGGCCUCAGCCUGGAGCUUGCUUUGCAAUAUCUUAUGCCAGCAUUGAGGUCAGUUCUGUUCAAGGACAGCAUAUGUCGAAACCCGCCUCAAACAAUGGAGGAACUUCGACAACGGGCGGUUAAUGAGGCGAGAGUAGAGAACAUGAAACAACACUAUCGAAAGGAGAUGCAGGAGGUAAGGGUAGAUAAAUCCGAGGGGAAGAGGAUUGAAAGGCAAGGAAAUCGGCAGAACGGGCAGAAAGGGAGAGACGGACCGAAGGGCCCAAGGUUCCAACAGUACACCUCCCUCAACACCCCUAGAACCCGGAUACUACAAGAAGCACUGAGUGCACAGAUUAUGCAAACUCCGUUAAGGCGGCCCACUCCCCCGGGGGCGGACCUUACCAAACAAUGCUUAUAUCACCAGAACUCUAGACAUGACACGGAGGAGUGUGUGACACUCAGAGAUAAGAUCGAGGAACUGAUCCGAGCAGGGCGUUUGCAACGCUAUAAUUGA